UUAGACUUCUUUCUCAACUCACACUUUCAUCUUCACGGUGUCUAGCUAUUAACUUGCCAACUCAACAAAAAUGAAUUGCAGACUACCUGCGCGUCGGAGGAUGUAUUACACAGGUAAUGUCUAAAUUGAUGAGUUAGACUAGAAAGCCACACGUUGGAGUCUCGUAGAUGCUCUGAAAAAAUCUGAGUCAAUUCCCGCCUGCCCAAAUACAGUCGGGGUUAUUGCUUUUUCUCCACCGUCAGCGGCGGGCCUCGUUUCUCCGAAAAAAUGGCUACAGAGGAAGCGUCAGAGACCAUAUUGAUUCGGCAUCUCCCGGAAGCUAUCCCUCCCGAAACUCUCUCUAGACUCUUAACUCACUACGGCGCAUCUUCUGUCCGGCCUUGUACUCAUGGAAGGUUAGUGCACUCCAUGGAUUAUAUCUAAGGUCCCUCUAAUUUCCUUUGGUAUCGUCUAAUUUCCGAGGGUCGUAUAUUAUUAUUAAGUAGAAGAUUGCAACUCAAACCCAAGCUAAAGUCCGGACCGUUACGUUCUUGAACCGAACUAUACUGGUAAGCCGGCUAAAAGCAACGGUCCGUCCACUCCACAAAUCAUAAUGCCUAUCACCUGUUUGCUAAAAGGUCACUAAGAAGACUGAUAAAAGGUACCGUGUAGGCAUGUACCAUGUUGUGGAAUUGCUCAAAACUCUCAAGGUUGGAUCCUUUCACCAACUGCACCUUUUUCACACCUUUGAUACUGGAAACAGGGAAUCCUAUCAAAAGAUUUUUAUGUGCCUCAUUUGUUUCAACCGUAAAAGAAGAUUUUGCUAACAAUCACAGCAGGGAUUAUAGCAGUUUGGCGAGGGCGACGGGUUUAGCCUCAUUUGUUGAGGAAUCUUCAGUUAUGGGGAAUAAAAAUCCCAGUAUAUCUUUAGCUCAGAAACUGGCCAGCUUGGUUGAGAAGACCUCUACAGUUAAGAAUACAAAACAAAUGUCUAGGAUGGAGUGGAAGAGGUUUCUGGAGAAGAAAAUAAAGAAGAAGGUGAAGGACCUGUACGUGAAUGGGAAGUAUAAGGACCUAAUGGUGAAACUUAUUAGUAGUCCAGAGACGUUACAGGACGCUUAUGAUUGUAUAAGGGCGAACAGUAAUGUUGAUAUAACCCUGGGUGGAGUUGACUUGCCAUUUGAAUCCAUGGCUGAAGAGCUAUCUUGCGGGCAUUUCGACAUAAGUGCUAACACAUAUUCUAUUGCAACUAGGGGGCCCAAGAAAGACAUUCUCGUACUUCCUAAUUUGAAGCUCAAAGUUGUUCAAGAAGCUAUUAGAAUAGCAUUGGAAGUUGUUUACAGACCAAACUUCUCCAAGAUCUCGCACGGGUGUAGAAGUGGAAGAAGUCAUGUGUCUGCUCUUAGAUACAUCUGUAAGGAUAUGAAGAACGCCAACUGGUGGUUCAGGUUACCUAUGAGCAAAAAGCUUGACGGCUUUGUCCUCACCAAACUCUUUUCUAUCAUGGAAGACAAGAUCGAGGAUCUCAUGCUAUACAAUGUGAUUCGUACCAUGUUUGACUGCCAGGUUCUGAAUCUAGAAUUUGGUGGGUUCCCUAAAGGGCACGGUCUCCCGCAAGAGGGAAUCUUGUCUCCAAUAUUGAUGAAUAUAUAUCUUGACCUCUUAGACCGAGAAAUGUACAGAAUGUCAAUGAGGUAUGAAGCCCUUGACGACAAAUCCGGACUGAAGGCCAAAGGAGAUUGGGCACAGUCUAAACUGCGUGAAUGGUUUAAGAGGCAAAUGAAUGACAGUGACUCUACUGAGGGAUAUUCUGGUAUAAGGGUACAGAGUUGUCGUUUCAUGGACGAGAUUCUUGUCGCGGUCUCCGGUAGCAAAGAAGUUGCAGCUCGUUUGAAGUCUGAGGUUCAAGGUUUCUUGGAAAACUCUCUCCACUUGGAAGUUGACGACAAUAUAGAUAUUCUUCCAUGUGAUGGGCCCGCUGGGAUUCGGUUCCUUGGCUGUUUGGUCAAAAGAAGUCCGAUAGAGAUUCCUGCGGUGAAAGCAGUUCACAAGUUGAAGGAAAAGGUAAAGCUAUUUGCUGCUCAGAAACAAGAGGCGUGGGGUGGAGGAACCGUUAGGAUUGGCAAGAAAUGUCUGGCCCAUGCACUGAAGAAGGUUAAAGAAUCUGAGAUCAAACAUUUAGUGGACAGUAAUUCUCCUUUAAGUGAAAUUUCCUGUUACCGUAAAUCUGGAAUGAAAACUGAUCACUGGUUUAAAGUCUUACUGAAAGUCUGGAUCCAAGAUAUGAUGAAUGCAGAAAGUGUGGAGUUCAUCUUAUCCAAACACAUGACAGAACCUUCCCUCCCUCAAGACCUAAGAGAUUCCUUCUAUGAGUUCCAGAACUGCGUUGACAGAUAUGUUUCUUCAGAAACAUCUGCAACUCUUGCUCUGCUCCCCAAUACAGCUUCUCCAUUUAAAACCCAAAUUUUAGCCCCCAUCAACGUCAUUAGGAAACGUUUGUAUAGAUAUGGGUUGACGAAUGCUGACGGGUUUCCUCGUACAUGCCAUGUUCUCGUAUUUCUUGACCGUAAUCACAUUAUUGAUUGGUUUUCGGGUAUAGCCGCACGACUACUCAGAUGGUAUAGCCAAAUUGACAACUUUAAUGAAGUGAAGGUUGUUGUUUGUGACCAACUAAGGAUGUCUUGCGUGAGAACACUGGCAGCCAAGUACAGAAUACAUGAGAAGGUGAUUGAGAAGAAGUUUGAUUCAGAACUGAGCAGAAUCCCCUCAAGUGAUGAUGAGUUUGAGCUGAUAAAUGGAGCAUUAGCGUCUCAGACUGCAGACAAUGACGAUUCCUUGAUUUACUGGACGGCAUACAGUGGGGCAUGCUUAGUGUCUUUGGCGAGAACGGUUAGUGGGUCCCGGCCAUGUGGCUGUUUUGUUAUAGGAUGUAAGGCUGCUGCUCCGUGUGUUUAUACUCUUCAUGUGAUGGAAAGACAGAAGUUUCCUGGUUGGAAGACGGGGUUUUCGAGCUGUAUACAUCCAAGUUUACAUAGAAGGCGAUUCGGGCUGUGUGAUCAUCAUCUAAGAGAUCUCUUUCUAGGUCAUAUUUCACUUCAAUCUAUUGAUUUUGGUUCUUGGAGGUGAAUAUUCAUGAUAAUCAACAAAGCGUAUUCAACAAUUGUGUUUAUUACGGAGUAUAUUUUUAUUUUCAAGUGCAAACUUAAUUUAAGUGAUAGGUCAUUUCGAGUUUUUAUUGUUGACUGCGGUAUUUUGUAGUCCACAGAAUUUGACUUGAUUGUUCUAAAGGAGACGGGGAGACACUUGUGGUAGAAUAGGUAUAAGAAGUACCAUCUACAGACCAAAGUCAUUCCUUCACCAUGUCCUAAAACCAAAUGUAGAAGUGCAGAUAAAGAAUCAAAUCUCGUUCAUUCUAUGUAGACUUCUUUAACAUUAUGUGCAAGUAUGUAACAUAUUGUUAUGAAUAUAUUCAUCAAUACUUAUACUUGUGUAGUAUAUACUACAUUUAUCUCUUCAUCAGUACUUGUGUAGUAUAUAUUACAUGUAUGAUGUAUGAUGUAUCCCUUCAUACAACCAUGGUUUCACUUCAUUUCCG